AUUGCGAACAUAACUGAACGACAAAAAAGAUGGCGUCGUCUGUGGUAAGAAAGAACAAGGCAUUCGGGAACCCUAUCCGGAUCUGUCCCCAGCAUCCCCGGAAGAAGAUCGUAAGCGUGUGUAACACUUGCGGUGAGCAGUUUGUAUGUCUGCUAUGUAUCGCCGCGGCCCAUACCGGCCAUCGUCUCGUGGAGACGGACGAUUACCUUAAUGUGAAAAAAGUCUCACUUUCUGGUCUUCUCGUAGAUUCCGACGCGAAGAUAAAAACUAUCGAUGAACGGGUGGAGAAGGUUCAGCAAUUUCGAGUGGACAAUAAGAAAGUUUUAGAACACACCAUUCAAGCUGUGAAUAAUAGAGGCGCAGAACUGAAAGCCGAAAUUGAUAAAAUCAUUCUAGAUUUCACUCAGCGCUCCCGAGAGGUUUGUGAGAAGAAUACCGAUAUACUCGAGGCGAUGGAGAAGAGAUUGCUUACACAGCUAACAGACAUUACCGCUAUUGUAAACAAAUGUAAAACGGCCCUAGCAAAUGACAAAAACGCUGAUAUGGGUUCGUUAGAGAGAAGUCUGCGGGUUGAAAAUGCUCGGCCCUUCAAACCUUUUCCCGUUUUACAAACGCCCGGUCUGAUAGCGGAAGAGGAUCCAGCAGCCCAACAGCUCAUCCUGUUCGGCUCAAUGAACCUCAAAGAUUGGCGACUCGAAAUAUUCGACCCAAAUGAAGAUGACCUCAUUUCAGAUGCAUCGAGCAGUAUCACUGGAAAUAGCAAGCUGAAGACAGCCACAGUGAAAGCCAUCGCGUCCUUUCGUCACGUGACACAAGGUCGGAUUUCGAUUGUCGCCCCUACCUUGGACGGGAAGGCCUGGGUGGUGAAGGGCGGUAGUUGUGAGGCUGACCUCAUGUUGCAGUCUGGCGAUACGAAGCAGACGACUGUGGUGGAGUCUUAUCUCAAUGUCGCCGACCUGAUGGUAAAAGGAGAUUCAACGAAGACUGUGAUUCUGUGCUCCGACGGAACCAUUCGGAAUAUCCUGCAGACUGGAAAAACCAACUUGAUGUACCGCACAAAAAACACGGCCACGAGCCUUUGUGAGUCAGUUGAGGCUGGGAGUAUCUGGGUAACACAAGAUGACGGCAAAGUCGUGAAAUAUUCCAAAGAUGGUGAAAUAUCGCAGACAAUACACACGGAUCCUUCUGGUCGCAAACUCUUCUCUAUGCCAAUCAAAGUUCGCGUAAACAGACGUACGGGGGACAUGGCAGUCAUUGAAGACUCGCUCCCUCGUCAUGUUCUCAUCAUGGACAGAAGGAGCAAUAUUCUAUUCCGUUUCCAUGGAGAUCUUACCCUUGACGAACGCCAAAAUCAUGUUCCGGAUGGCGAAGGACAAGGUCGGAGUAGGUUCAUCCCUACCGCUGUGUGUUUCGACAGAAAUAGCAAUGUGGUUGUUUGUGACGCUGGUACUAAAUCAGUCAUGUUGGUGGACAGGCGAGGCCGAGCAACCAAGAGUAUAUGGCGGGACGGCAAUUUGCCGACAAGUUGCGGGACGCAACCUAAUGGCGACCUGUGGGUGGGAUUCUCGAAUGGCAAGGUGAAAGUCCUCAGAUAUCUAAUAUAGUUAAUGAAGGUCCGUCAUAAUCGAGACCAAACAAUCCUUCCACCACACCGAUGAUAUCAUCAGGACGUCAAACCGGAUAAAAGUAUUAUAUAUUACAAAAAACGUCACUUCCGUUUGAAUAUCGUCUCUAAGCGACAAUAAACACGUGACUGAGUCCGAUAUGAUAUAAAAGUAGAAAAAAAAAAGAAAACCCGGACAGUAGAGAUCUGUGCAUAUUAAAUAUCCUGUAAUUAUUUGUUAUAUGCUGCUGUUCUUGUAACGUGUGCGGUUGUAUUUUAGAACGGUAGAAUUAUUAUCAACUUGAGAAUAAAUGUGAUAUCAAAAUAACGAAUGUGAACUAUAAACGCCCUUUAUACCGCCAUAUUGGUGGUUGGUACAAAUGUGGCUAAAGUGUAACAAUUGUAUGCAAGUUAUAUAAAUGUUAUUUCUACAUCCAUCAUCAUCUACUGUCCUAUAUUGUGUAACGUAUUUAAAAAUACAAUAUGAUGUGGUGUGACGUAUGUCGUCAGGAUGAAAAACUGAUG